CUUUGGUUUUGUAGCUAAGGACGCCUAAAGAAAAUCAUUUUGUUUUUGCACAAAUUAACAAUGGAAAAAAGCUAUUAAGGUGCGAUGAACAAAGAACAGCAGCUGCAUCUUGCAGUGAAGGACAAUGAUGUUUCGACAGUGGAGUCCCUGUUGAUAGCUGGGGUUGACAUUAACUGUCUGUUUUAUGGAUGGACACCAUUACAAUAUGCUAUUAGUUUGGGCAAUGAAUCCUUGUCAUUAUUGCUGAUUGAGAAAGGUGCUGACAUUCAGAAGCUGCAUCACAAAACUGAUGGAUGCCCAUUUGAAGGUGCUAUCAAGAAGAAACUACCAAAGGUUAUUCAAGCACUACUUGAAAAGGGCGUGGACCCUAACAAGGUUCUAAGUAAUGGGAGUCCUGCAUUAUUUACAGCAUUGGAAAAAGAAAAUAAACACAUCAUGAAAGUCUUAAUAAAUGAAAAAGCCAAUGUCAAUAUACUGAACAAAAAUGGGGAAUCAGCUCUAUUUCUUGCAAGUAGAGACGGUCUGUCUGACAUUGUUCAGAUACUUCUUGAGGCCGGGGCAGACAUGGACAUUCAGAGUGCAGAGACAGGGUUCCAGACUCCAUUGAUAGUGGCCACAGCAAAUGAGCAUAACAAAGUUGUAAAGCUUCUUCUGAGGAAAAACUGCAACACAAACCUGCAAGACAGUGACAGCUGGACGGCCCUCUGGCACGCAUAUAGCAACAGUGAUGAGGACAUGAUGAAUCUGCUCCUCAAAUCCGGAGCUGCCAAGGACAUACCUGAUGCUGAUGGGCAAACCAUUCUGCAGGAUGCUACUGACAACGAGGAUGACAGUGUCAUUGAACUGAUUACAAGAUUCACCCGAUCUUGGACCAACUGAUGAUAAGAAUAAUGUAGAGAUAAUUAUUUUUGAAUCCUGGUUUUUAAGAUAGACUGCAGUAGUCUGCAACUAUUGCUUGCAACCUCUUAAAAGCGUAGGAGCACAGUUGAGUUGUAUAUGUUUGAUGCAAAUUCAACUUUUUUAUUGUAAAAAUUAUGUUUGCUUUGUUCUACAGUGUAGCUUGUUAUUUUUUUAGUGAUACAUGUGUGAAGCUUAUAAGCAUAGGUCCAUAGCAGUGUUAAAACCAUAAAUUUUCAGGUAAACUGCUUGCAAAUAACGAAUUUAACAUGUUCAAACUGAUUAUUUCAUUGGAUGUGUAAAAUAGAGAUUACUCCAUUGUGUUUUAGAUGUAGAUCAUGGCUUUGCUUAAUCAAACAAAAAACUAAUGUUUCAAAUAAAGCAGAAUGUUGAACACUUGGACCACAAAAUGAAAUGUAUGUUACUAUCCAAUGUAUAAAGCUACAUGAUCAAAGGAAUUAGAUGUAAUUAUGCACUUGUAAAUUUAAUGUGAUAUUUUAGUAUAUAUAUUUUCAUAAAUUGCACUUACAUUAGUAUCUUGUGUACAUGCAUAUCAUAUCUUGCAUAUACCCAUACCUAUAUAUCCAUAGUUUUAUGUGAUGUUUAAUACAAUUAUCUAUCUCUUCUAACAUUUGUGUUCAGACUAAUACAUUUUUUUAGCUUGACUAUUCUAAGAAUAAGGAGAGCUAUACUACGCACCCUAGUGUCAGCAGUGGCGACGGCGUCACACCUUGGGCAAGGUUUUCCAUGUAAGCAGCUUUAUGUCAUUAUCUCAGCAUAUACAUCAUGUAUUGCACUGAAACUUUAGAUAUGUGUUCCCAACUGUCCAAUCUAUUUAAUUAAUGAAGUUUGGUUGACACUGUUUUAAUUAUAAUGCAAAUAAUGGGCCUGUAUUGUUCAACUUGGAAAUUCUUGUUAAGGUUUUGCAUGUAAGCACACAUAGGAUAAUAUCUCAGCAACUACUUGAUGUAUUGCAUUGAGACUUUAUACAGUGGUAUUCAACCAUCCAACCUACUAAAAUAACCAAGUAUGAUAACUCUAUUUUGAAUCAAAUGUUAAUUAUGGCCCUUUAUUAUUCAACUUAGAAGUCAGGUUAAGGUUUUGCAUGUUACCAUAUUUAAGUCAAUGUCUCAGGAAAUACAUAGCGUAUUGCAUUGAAACUUAAGACAUGUGUUCCCAACUAUCCAUGCAAAGUAUUUGAUUAAUCUUGCAUGUAAUGCAAAAUAUUGCUCUUAUUAUUUGACUUAGAAUUUCUGGUAAAGGUUUUGCAUGUAAGCACACAGGUUAAUAUCAGCAACUACUUGAUGUACUGCAUUGAUAUUUUACACAAUGGUACUCAACCAUCCAACUUACUUGAAAAACUAAGUUAGAUAACUCUAUUUAGCAUACAAUGCUUAUUAUUGCCCUUUUUUAUUGGACAUUCUGGUUAAAGUUUUGCAUAUAACCACAUUUUGCAUGUAAUCCAAUUUUACAGUGAUCCAUGCAUGUUUCACCAAAACCAUGCAAUCCUUUAACUAAAAAGCGAUGGAAUAGUCGAGCGGGCUGUCUAGGUGACAGAACAUGUCAUUUCUCAUAGUUACAUGUGUUCAAAUUAACUUACUAAUUUAGAAGUAAUACCAAAAAUAUGUAACACUGUAAUUUAUUAGGUGCAAGGCAAUAAAGAAAGAAAUUCCAAACAA